AUGGAUAAAUUCGUAAUUCGGAAAAGUGGUCAAAUUAAUACACACGAAGACAUGCCAACGUUAUCACAGGUACCUUCAACUUCAAACGCAGAGGAAAACUCUCACAAAAGAAAGAAAUCCGAAUUUAUUGGUCGAAGGUAUAAUGAAAAUUAUUUAAAAUUUGGAUUUUGUGCUUUUAAUAUGGGAGAUUUAGUUCAACCACAAUGUGUAGUCUGUGGAGAACUGCUCGCAAAUGAAAGUUUAAAACCAUCAAAACUAAAAAGGCAUUAAGAUACAAAACAUCCAAAUUUAAAAGAAAAACCCAUAGAGUAUUUCGAAUCAUUAAAACCUAACUUUCAUAAAAAUCAAAAAAUCAUAAAAAAAUAUUCAUCAGUUUCGCAGUCGGCUUUAAAAGCAUCGUUUUUAGUCUCGUAUAGAAUUAAAAAAUGUUUGAAACCAUAUACUGUCGGGGAAGGACUAAUAUUACCUGCUGCUAUUGAAAUGUAUACGGAAAUGAUAAAUGAAAAAGUUGCAAACCAAUUAAAAAAUAUUCCUCUUUUUGAUACUACAGUCGCUAGACGUAUAUCACUUAUUAGUAAUAAUUUAAAAUUGCAACUUUUGUCUCGUUUAACAGGUAAAUUCUCUUUACAACUUGACGAGAUCACCGAUAUUGCAAAUGAAGCGAUUUUGCUUACAUAUGUUAGGUAUUUUUAUAACAACAAAAUCCACGAGGAACUCGUCAAAACUAGAAACUAG